AUGGACGGCACAACAUACGUUGCGAAGCGUUUCUUUAACAUCGGUGGUGACGGAGCCCCAGGCCGGCGUGUAUCCCCAUCACAGAACUACCAGAACCUCUAUCAGGAGGUGUGUCGCGCCAUUCAAGGCCAGUGGUUCCUUGACGAGUUCUACAAACUGGUUCGCCAGAGAGACAUCGAGGUCGACAUGUCUUUCCGCUUUGUUCGUCCGCUCCUCGCCAAAGAGGUCAUUGAUGAUCUUGGCAGCUUUUCGCUCGCGUCAGGCGUCUCGCAAGCAGACAUCGACAGUGACAGCGAACCUGACAAAGCCGGUGCUUACUGGCUUAUUAAACCUCGUCGAGCAGCCUCCGUUCGCCGCUGGAGCGGCACCAUGUCACACCCAGUUGUUGCCGGUCAAAAGGGGGCAACCAUGUCCGUGCUUGCCCAUUUUAUCUACGGUUACUCAAACUCCGAGCUCGUUGCUGCUGAUCUACAAAAUGGGUGCGUUCUCAUCUAUCAUAAUUUUCUUACGAUGUUGCACGAUACUGAUGUCAAUGCUACCCGAAGAAACUCUGGUGUAGGUGACCACGGUCAGGAAGGGAUAGAUGCUUUCAUUGAGCAACAUGAAUGCAACUAUCUCUGCAAGGAGAUGGGCUUGGUGACGGAAGGUGGUGGCAGUGACGGCGAUUAG